GCAGCAAAGAAACAAGCAGUAUCCAGCACUGGAGCUUUCUGCGUUCAGGAUCUCAGCAUUAAAACUGGAGAUGUUAAAAUGAUGAAACCCUCUGUCCCCGCGGAGCGGCGCAGAGCAGCUAUGCCAUCUCCUCUGGUCCUCUGUGCAACGCAUGGUGCAGCCUGCUGCUGAACUAGUAUGACAUGUCUCUAGCAAUCAGGAAGAAAAGCUGGGAAGAACAUGUAACCCAGUGGAUGGGAUUGGCUUUGGAGUCUGUGGAGUAUAAUACAGCAUGUCGUCACGGACUCGUAGCUGAUAACUUGCAGACAAGUAUGGAAAAAGAUGAGGUUUUGAGUGUGGACCGGAAAGAAAAAUGUGCUUCAUUUCCAGAUUGCUGUCAGAGUGGAGAGCUGAUUGGUUUCCCUGCCAAGCAGCUUGGAAACAUUUCAAAAGAGGUGGAUGAAAAUGAUAACCAUGAAGAUGAGGAACAUUUUCUGGAGGCCAGCACAGAAACUCUAGUCCAUGUUUCUGAUGAUGAUGAUGAUUAUUCUGCACUCAACCUGGAUAGUGUUAAUUACCACAUCACUACUGUUGGAAGGGAACAAAAAGGUGAGGAAAAGAGUUUAAAAGGAGCUGGCUCCUUAACAAAGAUGAUACCGAUCAUGGAAGGUAACAAGGAAACCAAUGCAUCUGGAAUAAUUGGAGAUAUUAAUAAGGAACCUAGCUAUGACCCCCUUCCUAAAGAAGAGAUGGAAGAAGAAAACAUUUGUGGCAAUAUUGGCCAAAGCCUGGAGCUUUGUAAUUAUGAAGGCUUAAAUGAAGUAAUAAAUGUACAGGAAGAAAAUCUUUCAAAUUCUUCAAAUGUGAAAGAAAUUAUUAUGCCUGGGAAACAGCUGCUUCAUACUGCUGUAAUCGCACAGCAGCGUCGGAAAUCUGAUGCUUUUAAAGAAGGGCUUGGAAAACCUGAGUGUGAUGUGGUACAGAGUGAGUUUUCUUCUGCACCGUGUACCAACAGUGAUAGACAACUAUGUUCAGCAGUGGAAUCCAGCGACUGCCUUAUGCAGUCUUCUCCUUGUGCUCACAUCCUGUCAGUGGAAAAUGGUCUGCAGGAAAGUGGUUUCACAGAACCUCAAGUGACCCCUGAGAACAAAUGCCUUUCGAAUGUCAGUUCAGCAGAAGAUACUCAAUGUUUACAUUUAGGAAAUCAUUUGACUACACAAGAAUAUUCAGACAGUCAAGUGAAACUGCGCAAAAGGAAGGAAAUGAAAGAAGAUCGGGAUCGAUCACGACUGGAUUCUAUGGUGCUGUUAAUUAUGAAACUGGACCAGCUUGAUCAGGAUAUUGAAAAUGCUCUCAGUGCAGGCUCUUCCCCAUCCAGCACCCCAACAUACAAACGGAGGCAUAUACCUGAUGUUGAAUCUGGCUCUGAAAGUGGAGUGGAUGUUGCUUCAGUAAAUCACUCACAAACAAACUUGUCUCCUAAUAUCCAUGCUCCUGACCUAGCAUCUCCCUGUUCAGUUGCCAGCUCUGGAGCUAAACCAAAGGCUGGGGCUAUGCCAGUUAUUUCAGAAAAGGAGAAGGCUGAAAUUGAGGCCAAGGAAGCUUGCGACUGGCUGCGAGCCGCAGGAUUCCCACAGUAUGCUCAGCUUUAUGAAGAUCUCCUGUUUCCCAUUGACAUCACUGUAGUCAAGCGAGAGCAUGACUUUCUGGACAGAGAUGCUAUUGAGGCCCUAUGCAGGCGCCUAAAUACUUUAAACAAAUGUGCAGUGAUGAAGCUAGAAAUUAGUCCCCACAGGAAGAGGAGUGAAGAUUCGGAUGAAGAUGAACCUUGUGCAAUAAGCGGCAAAUGGACUUUUCAAAGGGACAGCAAGAGGUGGUCUAGGCUUGAAGAGUUUGAUGUGUUCCCUCCAAAACCGGACUUGAAUAUCUCCUCCCCAGAAGCCUCUCAUCUUACAAAUGCGACGAGCCGUGAGAGUGUGCUAACAGACCUCAGUGAACGCCAGGAGGUGGCUUCUAUUCUCAGCAUCAGUAGCACUAGCAGCCACCAACCAACCCUGCAGAGUGAGGCAUCUACCACCAGGACAAAUUCAGUUGUGAGCGUUUGUUCAUCAAACAAUUUCAUAGCAAAUGAUGACUCAUUCAGCAGCCUGCCCUCACCCAGGGAGCUGAAUAGCUUCAGCUUCGGUAUGAAAGCCAGUGAGAAGAACGCCAAGUCCAAAACAAAGAGCCUACUCAAGAGAAUGGAGAGCCUGAAAAUCAAGAGCUCUCACCAUGGCAAGAGCAAAGCUCCUUCAAAGCUUGGUCUUAUUAUUAGCGGGCCCAUCCUGCAAGAGGGAAUGGAUGAAGAUAAACUGAAACAGCUUAACUGUGUGGAGAUUUCUGCCCUCAAUGGCAAUCACAUCAGCCUCCCCAUGGUACGAAAAAGGAGCGUCUCCAAUUCCACCCAGACCAGCAGCAGCAGUAGUCAGUCUGAAACAAGCAGCGCUGUCAGCACACCCAGUCCUGUCACAAGAACACGCAGCCUCAGUGCGUACAAUAAAAGGGUGGGCAUGUACCUGGAAGGCUUUGACCCCUUCAACCAGUCAACGUUCAGCGACGUCAUGGAGCAGAACUUUAAGAACAGGGGAAGCUUUGCAGAAGACACUGUAUUUUUUAUCCCUGAAGAUCAUAAGCCUGGCACCUUUCCCAAGGCACUCUCUAACGGCAACCUCUCUCCAACAGAAAGCAACGCUUCUGUGAACUGGAGGACAGGGAGUUUCCAUGGACACGGCCAUCUUACCCUCCGGAGGGAGAACAGUGGAGACAGCUCCAAAGAGCUGAGCAUGGGGAAGAGGCGCAACUCCUCCAGCUCAGUGAGCAGCCGCCUUAGUAUUUACGACAAUGUACCAGGCUCAAUUCUGUAUUCCAGUACAAGCGAUCUCGCUGACCUUGAAAAUGAAGACAUAUUCCCAGAACUAGAUGACAUCCUGUACCAUGUCAAAGGGAUGCAGCGAAUAGUGAACCAGUGGUCAGAAAAGUUCUCGGACGAAGGGGACUCUGACUCAGCACUAGAUUCAGUUUCCCCAUGUCCUUCCUCUCCAAAGCAGAUCCACCUUGACGUAGAUAACGAUCGGACAACACCAAGUGACCUUGACAGUACAGGAAAUUCACUGAACGAAACUGAAGAGCCCUCGGGGGUGCAAGACCGAAGGGACUCUGGGGUGGGUGCAUCGCUGACACGGUCCAACAGGCACAGGCUGCGGUGGCACAGCUUCCAGAGCUCCCACCGGCCAAGCCUCACCUCAGCAUCGCUACAGAUCAACUGCCAGUCAGUGGCCCAGAUGAACCUGCUGCAGAAGUACUCCCUUCUGAAAUUAACUGCUCUCCUAGAGAAGUAUACGCCCUCCAAUAAGCACGGCUUCAGCUGGGCAGUACCAAAAUUUAUGAAAAGGAUAAAGGUGCCAGAUUAUAAAGACAGAAAUGUGUUUGGAGUACCCCUGCAAGUCAAUGUUCAGCGCACAGGGCAGCCUCUUCCACAGAGCAUUCAGCAAGCCAUGCGGUACCUCCGCAACCACUGCCUGGAUCAGGUUGGACUGUUCAGGAAGUCUGGAGUCAAGUCAAGAAUUCAGGCUCUGCGUCAAAUGAAUGAGAAUUCAACAGACAGCGUUAACUACGAAGGCCAGUCUGCUUAUGAUGUAGCAGACAUGUUAAAGCAGUUCUUCCGUGAUCUACCUGAGCCUCUCAUGACCAACAAACUCUCUGAGACCUUUUUACAGAUCUACCAAUAUGUGCCAAAGGAUCAGCGUCUCCAGGCUAUCAAGGCUGCCAUUAUGCUUUUACCCGAUGAGAACAGGGAGGUCCUCCAGAUUCUUCUCUAUUUCCUGAGCGAUGUCACAGCUGCAGUGAAGGAAAACCAGAUGACACCAACAAACCUGGCUGUGUGCUUAGCACCUUCCCUCUUCCACUUAAACACUCUCAAAAGAGAGAAUUCUUCCCCAAGGGUGAUGCAGAGAAAACCAAGCCUGGGAAAACCUGAUCAGAAAGACCUAAAUGAAAAUUUGGCUGCAACCCAAGGGCUAGCUCAUAUGAUUGCUGAAUGCAAGAAGCUCUUUCAGAUCCCUGAAGAAAUGAGCAGAGGUCGGAACUCGUACACGGAGCAAGACCUGCGGCCCCUCAGCCUGGAGGAGCUCAGGGGCAGUAGCAGCACAGAGCCCUCCGACUACCACUGCUACCUCCAGGACUGCAUGGAUGACUUACUCAAAGAGAUGAAGGAGAAAUUUAAAGGCUGGCUCAGCUGUUCCACCUCAGAACAAGCAGAACUGGCCUACAAGAAGGUAUGCGAAGGUCCCCCACUCCGGUUAUGGAAAACUACCAUUGAAAUCCCCGCUACACCAGAGGAAGUUUUAAAUCGUUUACUUAAAGAGCAGCAUCUUUGGGAUGAAGAUCUGAUAGAUUCUAAAGUAAUUGAAACUUUGGAUAGCCAGACAGAUAUAUACCAGUACAUCCAGAACAGUAUGGCACCUCACCCAGCCAGAGACUUUGUCGUCUUGAGAACAUGGAGAACAAACUUCCCGAAAGGAGCUUGUGUUCUCUUAGCAACCUCAGUGGAUUAUGACCAUGCUCCAGUGGCAGGGGUUAGAGUCAAUGUGCUGUUGUCUAGGUAUCUGAUUGAGCCCUGCGGGUCAGGAAAAUCUAAACUUACCUACAUGUGCAGAAUUGAUUUAAGGGGCCACACGCCAGACUGGUACACCAAGUCUUUUGGACACUUGUGCGCAUCUGAGGUAGUUAAGAUACGAGACUCUUUCAGUCAUCAGAGUCUUGACAGCAAAGAAGUAAGAUCCAGGUGACUACUGAAGAGGAACAGCUGUGCGUUCCACACCUCAUCAAUGUAUGUUACCCGAAACUGAGGAUCAUCCGCUGCAGCCUGGACUAGUGUGCAACCUACAAGUCAUGUCAUGAAAGGAUGACAGUGUAAGAAUUUGACUGUGAGCGUUACUAUAGGACUGUGGCCAUACCAUACAAUUUAAAGCUGCUUCCUGUCUGUGUAAGGUCUAUAGUGUAGGCCUUGACUGGAAUACAUAGGAGGACUGUGCAAAAAAGGUAUUGUACUGUUAGAUGGUUUGAAUUGCUUCUGAGAAGCAAAAGUCUUUAAAUGCAAAAUAUAUUAUGAAAUAUGGUGAAGGCUCAUCAUUCCCAUGUGAAAUAUUUAGCUUUAUGUACAUACCCUUGUCAUUUUAUUUGUAAUGCGUUGAGGGACUGGUGUAUCCACUGGAAUAGUUGGUACUCUUCAAUGUGUUCUCACUGAGAUAAGCAGAGAAAGGUUUGCACAGAGAUUAAAGUGUGAAUGAGUGUGUUGAUGGUUGAAAGGAUAGCAGAAGUCGAACUUGAAAUGUGUCUGGUACACUGAUAGGCAACCAGAAUGGAUUUUAGCGUAUUGGUUACAGUUCAACCUAGAAUUUGACUCCCCUGUGGACCAGAAAGUAGCCAUCCUUCCCAUUUCCCAGUUCUACGUUUUCCUCAGCUCUAAUAUUGUUAAAAUCUCUACAAAGAUAUAAUAAUAAUAGACUUGCUCUGAUUACUGCUCACUCUUUAGCCAGAUGAUCUUUUUAGGAGUGAUUAGCAAUUGUAUAGCAAUUUUAAGUAAAUAUAAUUUUAAGCAGCAUAGCAGCUUAGACCUGAAAUGCCUUUGCAGUGGUCAAGAGAGUCAGUAACGUCAAUUGUUGUAUUUCCUAAAAAAGUAUUUGUUGCAUUUACUCCUAACUGCAUUAACUAUAUGUGUUUUAAUGAACUUUUGUAUAUUUUACUGUAUUCUCAUGGCUCAAGAGGAAAAAGUAAACACUGGAGUUCUUGGCGGGACUCCUACAGAAGCAGAUGGAGUAAGGUGACUAGGAAGAUCAUGACAGUUCUCUCUCUUUCUCCUUUGCUUGUUUUUCUAAAAGCUACAUGUUAACGUGAACAGAACCUGAAUAUGAGCAAUAUGGAGGGCUUUAUUUGGGGGCAGAGAGAAGGGUGGGAUUUUGUCUUCUGUAUUGUUUGUUUUUAAACCUUUUGGGAUAUGCCCCAUUCCCCCAGCAGUAAUAUUAUAUGAACUGUAGGAAAUCUUGAGGUCCUCUGGAAAGGUGUCUUUCUGCAGGUUUUACUGUAAAGAUAGGGAUUUGCUUUAGAGGUGCAGUAUUAAGUGCUAAGUGUAUUUCGUGGCUAAGGUAUGAAUGAGUUGCAAGAUGGAAAUUUGACUGAGACAUUGUUGCCAUUGUCAGUAUUAUUUUAAGCUUUUUGAUGAAGUUUUUUUUUUAUUAUUAUUAUUAUGGCAAAUAAUGUAGUACUUCCAGUAACAGUGUUCCUCAUGAGUAGGAAAAACUUGUAUAUUCUUUUACAUCAAACAUUUUUGGAUUUGUAAAAUUGUAUGUUGUACAUACCAUUCUAUUGUAAACAUGUAUACUUGCCCACAGUGUACUGUCAAACAUAGAUAAAGCAUGGUAAAGAUUAUUUAAAAUAUACCUGUAUUUAUACCUCAGAUAUUCUUUUUGGGUUUUUGUACCUCAAGUAAGUUUUCUAUUGUAAAUGUGCUUUACAUGACUAUGGUCUAAGUGAGAGAAAGGAAAAUGUUUAACUUGCUAUAUAUGUCUGUACAGAAUAUAAUCAAUAAGUGCACUAUUAAAUGUUUAAAAUUG